GAGUUCGCGCCCUUCGUGACGGAGAAGGAGUGGCUCACCUACCCCAACAAGGAGGCCAAGGGCGACGGCGUCAAGCAGCACCGCGACACCGUCGUCCAGCACGCCGCGCUGGUGGCCACGAUGAGGCUCAAGGUUGACCCCAACCUGAGCUUCGGCCCCAAGGCGUGCGACGCGGCCUUCACGAUGAUUGCCAAGGAGAAGUUCCCAGACCUCAGCUCCUCGCAGUGCUCCAU